AUGGAGUAUGCUAGGGUGCAGGAAUUGUGGCGGAAGUGCCCUAGUCGCGCAGCUGCCGAAAUCAUCGACGGCCAGAGCCGCGGUGUGAGGCGCAGCCUUGAUGAACUGGAAGCCUACUGGCAGCGAAUCAUUGAGACUGUGUCGGACGCCCCGGGCCCCGCUCCGGAAGCUUUGCGUAAAGCGAAGCACUCCGCGCAGCGUGGGGAGCUCGUCGAUGUCGCUGAUGAUGCCCUUUUCCGUUGA